CAUUUCUAUCAUAAAUCUUCUCAUUUAUUCGCCUUCUACUCACUGCUCAACAUGCGUCCAAGCGUGGUUGUAUCUCUUCUCGCACUCCUCGCGAGCAGCCUGCCUCUUGCCAACGGACGUGCUGUUUGUAGAGACGCAGAUCUUACGACCUGCAACUCUCUGGACGCUCGAGGAAUCUCACCUGGAAAGGUUCCAGACCCUCCCAAAGAUCCUUUUCGCGAUCCGUCCCACAGUCCAGACUCGGAUACACCUUCGAACCCCUUCAGGGAUCCUUCCAGUUCCCCUGACAUACCGAGCUCUCCGGCUUUGUCUUGGGGCAACGUCGCCGAUGGCAAGAGCAUCAAGUUUGACGAUGCCAAGCUGGAAGCCCAGCGGGCUAAGGGUGCGAAGAUGAUUACCGACCUGGAGGACGCUAUCAAGAACAACGGGGGCAACAAGGGCGACCUUACAACCCUCGACGCUGCCGGCUACAAGGGCCAGGGCACCCUCCACGACAAGCCCAUCGACGAGAAAUACCUAGCCACCUUCCCCAUUAACGUCAACAUCCCCUGGCGCGGCGACCGCAUCACCAAGAAAGACGCCAACGACGAGAUCCUCACCACCUACGAAGACCCCGCCCAGGGCGCCAUAAUUGUCAAGGGCAGCUUUGGCAACGACCAUGACCCAAACCCCAACCUGCGCUGGACCUCCAUGGUCAUGAGCAACUGGCGCGCCGCCGGCAACCCCAAGGGCCUCAAGUACAUGGCACACGACAACGUGCAGCCCAUCCCCACCACAGACAGCAGCGGCAUCGUGCUCGAGUCCACGGUCGCGAUCCGCGCCGCAUUCGAUAAGAUGGGCGCCGACAAGACCAAGGACUUGAGCUUGGAUCCCAAGUCUACUAAUCCGGACGAGGUGGCGGCUUUCCAGCUUAUGGCGGCGCAGACGCAUGUUGCGCGCGCGUAUCAGAUGCUGAAGGACUAUCGCUCUGAACUGGGCGACCUUACUGUUUCGAAGGUCACGAUUAUGACGCCUGAGAAUGCGUCGAAGAGCUAUGAAUAUAGCAUUGUCAUCUCGUUUGGGCCUGGAAAGGCGGCGUGA